UUCCGGUAGGUCACGGUUUUUCCUGUUUGGAAGAAAUGGCGGACAUGGAUGAAUUGUUCGGUAGUGAUGGGGACAGCGACAAUGAUCAGCGAGGAUCUGGCUCCGGGUCUGGCUCUGGAUCAGGAUCGGGUUCAGAUUCGGAACAGGAGAGACCCCGGUCGGCAAGCAAUGUGUCUGGAAGUGGCAGCGGCAGUGACAGUGACAGAGAAAGAGAUGAUGAGGAUGAAGAGGGAGGUCAUGGGGAAGGAAAACCAAGUAUGAAUAAGGAGUUGUUUGGUGACGACAGCGACGAUGAGCAACAAAGUCAGCGCAGCGGCAGCGACAACCAGUCAGAUCGUUCAGAUGCCAGCGUACACUCAGACCAAGGGGAGAAUGACCAUUCGGAUGCCGAACAACAUAGCAGCCCAAAACACAGCCAUCAAGAUGACGAUGAAGACGAAGAUGAUGAAGAUAGAGGCCGUCAUUCAGAUGGAGGCAGCCCUGCUGGAAGUGGCAUGUCUGGGGCAGGGAGCCCUCGCUCUGACAGGGGUAGCGCCCAUUCAGAUAGGAGUGCUCACAGUGAUCCCGGGACUCCUCAGUCAGGACCGGGAACACCUCAUUCUGAUGCAGAGGGUUCUGGUCGAGAGAACCAAUCUGACGAUGAGAAAUGGGGUGGAGGGGCAAAGAGUGACCAGUCGGACGAGGAGGAAGAAAAAAGACGUUACUCAGAUGAAGAAAGAGACAACUCUGAUGACGAUGAGCCAAGGAACCGAAAGUCAGCCUCUGCGAAGGGAAGCGACAGUGAGGAUGAUUUCCUCCGACAGAAAAGCAAAGCAAAAGUGGAUUCUGACUCUGAUUCAGACAGUGAUGUUGGAAGAAAGAAGUCAAAAAAACCUGCAGCCGACGACCUGUUUGGAGAGGCAGACGACAUUUCCUCUGACAGUGAUGCAGAGAAGCCCCCAACUCCUGGGCAACCCAUGGACAGGGAGGAUGGGAUGGAGGGCGAGCAGGCGGAGGAGGAGCCAGCACCAGAGACUCGUAUAGAAGUAGAGAUCCCUAAAGUCAGCACUGACCUUGGUUCUGACCUCUACUUCGUGAAGCUGCCAAACUUUCUGUCCGUGGAGCCGAGACCCUUUGAUCCCCAAUACUAUGAGGAUGAAUUUGAAGAUGAGGAGAUGCUGGAUGAAGAAGGACGCACCAGGCUCAAACUGAAGGUGGAAAAUACCAUCCGAUGGAGGGUCAAGAGAGAUGAAGAGGGAAUCGAGACCAGGGAGAGCAACGCUCGAAUUGUCAAGUGGUCUGACGGAAGCAUGUCUCUCCACUUGGGCAAUGAAGUGUUCGAUGUUUACAAAGCUCCGCUCCAGGGCGACCACAAUCACUUGUUCAUCCGCCAGGGAACUGGACUACAGGGACAGGCUGUCUUCAAAACCAAGCUUACAUUCAGGCCACACUCCACAGACAGCGCCACACACAGGAAAAUGACCUUGUCUUUAGCCGACCGUUGUUCAAAGACCCAGAAGAUCAGAAUCCUUCCAAUGGCUGGCCGAGAUCCAGAAUCCCAGCGUAACGAAAUGAUCAAGAAAGAGGAAGAACGCCUGCGUGCCUCCAUCCGCCGAGAGUCCCAGCAGAGGAGAAUGAGGGAGAAGCAGCACCAGCGAGGCCUGAGCAGUAAUUACCUGGAGCCGGACCGCUACGACGAUGAUGAGGAGGGAGACGAAGCCAUCAGUCUUGCAGCCAUCAAGGGCAAAUUCAAAGGAGGAGGCGGACUGAGAGAGGAGCGAGCCAGGAUCUACUCCUCAGACAGUGAUGAAGGCUCAGAUGACGACAGGGCCCAGCGGCUGAUGAAAGCCAAAAAACUGGACAGCGACGAGGAGGGAGAGGGUUCCAGCAAACGAAAGGCCGACGACGACGAUGAUGAUGAUGAAGACGAUAUGGCCCCAAAGAAAGCAAAGAAGUAUGUCAUUAGUGACGAAGAGGAUGAUGAGCAGCAGCAAGAGGAGGAAGAUGAUGAUGACGAUGAUGAUGAUGAUGAAUAGUCUCUUUCUCUUUUUUAACUAUUCCACUGUAUAAAAGUGUAUUUUGUAUAUGUUUUUUUUUGUCAAGAACUGUGUGGGCAAGCGCGAGCGGUGAGUGCCUGUUUAUGUUGUGUGAAGUCCAGGCGAGAAAUAAAGACGUGGUUGUCUUAUGUAA